GUCACCACUCUUCCAGUCAGGAUGCAGCAGUCAAGCAGUGAGGAGGCAGCGGAGAUAAAGCAUCGACCAGCAGGGACACGUACCGUACCUGCUAGCGUCCUGAAGGCAGGCACAGAGUCAGUCGGGAACCUCACACCGGAGGAAGCUGAAGAGCUACAGGUCCAGCUAGAGAAAGACAAGAGAGCUGUUUAUCAACACCCACUGUUCCCACUGAUGGCGUUGUUAUUUGAGAAGUGUGAACAGGCCACUCAGUCACCUGACCCACCCACAUCAGCAAGCUUCGAUGUCGACAUUGAGGAGUUUGUCAACAGACUGAAGAGAGAGGGCAGUACAUUCUUCAUUGAAGAUACAGAGAUUGAUACAUUAAUGAUCAAAGCAAUCCAAGUACUACGAAUACACCUUUUGGAACUAGAGAAGGUCAAUGAACUUUGUAAAGAUUUCUGCCAUAGAUAUAUCACUUGCCUCAAGAGCAAGAUGCACAGUGAAAAUCUAUUGAGAGAUGAACGGGGAGAGUCCGCUCAGUUUGACAGUCAGUACUUAACCAAUGGAGAUCUUCUAGAUCUAGAACCACCACCCAGUGAACAUAAUCAGAUCAGCCAAAACCAUCCCACCUCAACACCAAACAGUCAAGCUGUGAUACUACAACAUGGAGCACAUUCACAAGCAAACCAAUAUCAGGCAGCAACAGUAGUCAACUCUGCAGGUCAGGUCGUCUACACACCGGUCUUACCACAGGGUGUGGUCACACCACAGGGAAUCUUAACUCAAUCCAUUCCAGGCAACAAUGCCCACCACCACCACCACCACCACCACAAGAAGAAGUCUGACCCUCCUCCACCACAUCAGCUGCAACAACACGUGGUUCCCAUCAUUCAUGGUUCUACCCCCCUCUCACAGAUUGGUAUCUCCCACCAGGGUCAAAGUUCAGCAGGUCAGCAGCAAGCUCAUAACAUGCUCUCCUCUCUCAACCAGGGGGAUCUCAGGGUUGCCAUGGCAGACGCAGCGGAGGUCAAUGACCUGCUUAACAAGAGGAAACCAAAACGAGGGGUUCUACCCAAGCAUGCAACUACUGUCAUGAGGUCGUGGCUCUUUCAACACAUAGUGCAUCCGUACCCUAGUGAAGAUGAGAAGAGAAUGAUAGCAGCUCAGACCAAUCUCACAAUGUUACAAGUCAAUAACUGGUUUAUCAAUGCAAGGCGGCGGAUCUUACAACCCAUGUUGGAUGCAAGUAACCCUGAGGCAGCUACUAAGAACAAGAAACCCAAGAGUCAGAACAGACCAUCUACACAGAGAUUCUGGCCUCAGUCUCUAGCUCAGCUUGGUCAGACGACGACCAUUACACAGGCUACAGCAGGUGGGACUAGCUCACUCGACAGGAGAAAUAUGGACGACGAGGCCUCUGCUGCUUUGGACAGUGUAAGACACCUCUCCUCGGACAGCAUGUCACCGAUGCUCGGUGUUAGGCAACGAUCUCCAUCGUCAGUCUCCUCUCUCGAUAACCUCGGAGCAAGUGGUGCAGACAGUCUCCACGACAAUGAUGACGAUGAUGAUGAUCUCUCAACCAAUUUAGAACUUGGUAGUGAUUCUGGGAUGGUUGACUGACAGCGUCUUGAAUUGCAUUGUCGGAGCUAGCUGGACUCUGUAGCAGGGAUUAAAGACAUGGAAAGACGACCAAGAAGCCAAAUUGUUUGGGGUUUGACCAACACAUUCUGACCUUUUGUGUCGGAAGUGCACCAUGAUGAUUCUAUCUGGAUUACGGACUGAUACAGUGUUGGGUAGUAUUGUUGGAGCUGGCUGGAUUUGGCAUAUCGUUGCAGGAAUCAGAGACAUGGAAAGACAUGCAAGAAGCCUAAUUGUUUAGGUUUUGACCAAUGCUUGACCAACGUAUCCCGGAAAGUCAUGACAUGCAUGCAGUGGAUCAUGCUAAGGUCUGCCAGGAUGGUUGACUGAUGGUUAAGUGUGUUAGAUAAUGGUGACUGAGGAUAGACAUAACACAUCUAAAAGUAUUCAAGAAGGGCCCUUAUUCAACCAGUCCACCUCUCAUUGUUGACUUACAAAAAGCACAAAAACCAUAAAAUUUACAAGGGGGUAUGUAAGUAAUAAUUAUCUGGAUUUAUAAAGCAUUUAAUACGAAAUACCGUCUCUAAGCGAUGUGCACCAUCUCCACUUUUUGGGAAGUAUUCCUACCACAUGGUCUUCGUCAUGGUAUAUGACUAUUACUGACGCAAAGGCUUUUGUCAAUCUACCAGAUCCCCUUUCCUCCCCUGGGUUAGAGUGGCAAAUGUAGAUUAAAACCUUGCCACAGGAUAUUAGUGCUGUGUCAGGGGUCACACCCACUAACUUUGCAUCUUACGUCCAUUUUGACACCUCUAUAUGGUCUUACCAAAGCUCGUUCUAAAUUUGCCACAAAAACCCAGCUCAAAUAAGCCAAAGCAAACUGAAACUCAUUUUACAAGCAAGUAGAAUGAAAGAAAGAGUAGUUGCAUCCAUCAAUGCUAAAAUGAUUACUCAUCUGUUCAUUAUCAGAGAUAGAAAUGCAAAGUGCGCUAUGCUCAUGUCACUUAAUUUUUGCCAAAGCGAUUUUUGUUUUAGGUGGUUUCCCAUGUCAUGUCUGGGCCUGUCUUCAAAUUGAUUGAUUAACCUUUGAACCCUAAUAGACUCAUGGAGAUGAGGAUACUUAUUGGUAAAGGUUUAUCAACCGUCAACAUUGCAGGUUAUUAUGCACAUGUAGUUUUAAUGAGAAUGUGUGGUAAGAAACUUUGGCAAAUCACACUUUCAGUUAUGUGUCUAUUGGAAUACCAAAUUUUGUGGCAUUAAAUUUUUCUUUAAUCCAA